UAAUCGAUUUGUGAAAUCACAACUCAAAACUAUUUAAGUAGCAACGUACCCCUCACUGUUGUUUACAUUUAGCUUUCUGCAAUUUUAUAAACGGGAAUCAUAAAGAAAUUAAUAAAAGUAUGUGCCCUUCUGUAUCGAAAUCAGUAUCACAACUUUCAGCUCUUACAUUUAUUGCUAAAUCAUGGCAUAAUGAUGCUUGUUCGCAGAAUGGUUUACCUCUGACACCGAAUUCUAUUUCAAUUCUCGGAAAGUUUCAAUUUCUCAAAACAAUAGAACAUGAAAAUCUCACAAAAUACAUUGAUGUCCAACGAGGAAAGCAUGAGCGAACGAUUGUCGUUUCCGAAUAUUAUGGAUCACCAUUGACGGAAGUCUUUCUUAAAAUCCCUUCAGAUGAAAGGCUUGAAACAAUUUUGAAAAUAUUUUUCCAUUGUGCAAAUGGAUUGUGUCAUCUUCAUCAAAAAGAUAUCGUACAUCAUAAUCUAGAACCAUCGAAUGUUCUUUUGGAUGAGAAUUUCAAUGUGAAGAUGUUUAAUUAUGGAUUAUUUUACAUGACUCGUGAUAAUGAUGACGAAUAUGUUUCAUUUCCUGUUGGAAACAUUCGAUAUUUGUCUCCAGAGAGAAUGCUUGGUAAUCAUGGUAAUCCCAAGAGUGACAUUUGGAGUCUUGCUUUGAUUGUCAUUGAGUUAUUGUUUGAAAUUUCUCUUUGGGUCAAUAUGAAGUUCAGUCAAAUUGUAAGGAAAAUUCUGAGCUAUUGCACUGCUGGAGGAUCAGUUUUAGAAAAGCUAGCUAGAGAACAUAAUGUGCUGGUCAAAUAUAACAAUUUAGACAUUGAACUCAGAAAUUUUUUAGAAUCAUGUUUGGCGAUUCAAUCCAAAGAUCGACCAUCAGCAGAAGAAAUCAUUAGCAAAGAAACAUUCCUCAAAUUCUAUGAUGCAAUUCAAUAUAAAGAGAUGAAAAAGUCAAUAGUGGAAAUGUUGCCAAUCGAAAGACUUGAAUUAACGCAAGUUUAUUAUUUGUGGCAAUUAACAGGCGGCGAUGUUCAAGCAGAAUUAAAGAAAGAAGGCUUGAUUCGUAGUGAAGCUCCAAUUCUGACUGUUCCCAGACUUUUCAUGCUUCAAAAUGGAAAAUCUCAUCCAAUUCAUAAAAGCCAAAGUUCUUUGUUUGAUCAUCGAAUCGUGACUCUCAACACAAACAAUUUAACCGAACGACUUCUUCUGGUCCCAAAACGAGCAUUUUAUCCAUUGCUUCAUUGUCCACGAUUACCGAACAACUUUGGUAUUGAAAUGCAAUCACUACCUUUAGUGAUUCGUGAAAGAAACAUUGAAUAUCAAUUUUAUCGGAUUGUUUUGUUUGCUCGACUGCUUAAGGCGUACCCAUUCACACAUGAUUUGAUUGUUGAACAGGCGAAAAUAGAUAUUCCACCAUUAUUGCGUGGGCGUAUUUGGGCAUGUUUAUUGAACGUUCUACCAAAUGGAAAAUACGAAAGAAUUGAUAAAGUCACGCCAAAUCCAACAGACCGUCAAAUUGAAGUUGACAUUCCGCGAUGUCAUCAAUAUGACGAUUUCUUAUCAUCACCGACAGGCCACCAAAAAUUGAAAAGAUUAUUAAAAGCGUGGGUGACAGCUCAUCCUCAAUAUGUUUAUUGGCAAGGGCUCGACUCAUUAACAGCGCCAUUUCUCAUUACAAAUUUUAAUGACGAGGAACGAGCGUUCUUGUCACUGUACAACUUCAUUCCAAAGUAUUUGCAUAACUUCUUCCUGAAAGAUAAUUCGAUGGUCAUCAAAGAAUACCUCACGAAAUUCUCCCAACUUGUCAUGUUUCACGAACCGAAAUUAGCGAAACAUUUGAACUCAAUCAACUUUAUUCCGGAACUUUUUGCUAUUCCAUGGGUUUUGACGAUGUUUUCGCAUGUUUUUCCACUUCACAAGAUUCUUCAUCUUUGGGAUAAAUUAAUACUUGGUGAUUCGUCUUAUCCUUUGUUUAUUGGAAUUGCAAUUUUAAAGCAAUUGAAAGGAACGUUAUUGGAAUCAGGUUUCAACGAAUGUAUCUUAUUGUUCUCCGAUCUACCUGACAUCGUUAUGGAGACUUGCGUUACUGAUUCCCAAAAGAUGUAUGAAAAAACACCAAAAAGUGUUUGUCAUCGGAAGCAUGUCUUAAGAACUGAAGAACCUGAAGUUUUUGAUAUCAACAGCGUUGAAUUGAGUGACAUUCAAAGAGAAAUUUCAUCACGGAUAAGUGCCAAUGAUCUUGUGCAUUUAUUAAAAAAUAAACCAAACGAUGUCAUUGUUUUUGAUCUUCGUCCUCAAAAUGAGUUUAAGCGAUGGCAUAUUGACGGUUCAUUAAAUUUGCCAUUCACAAAUCUCAUGUUGAGUGAUCGUCGACUUGAAGCUUUGACUAUCGAGAGAAACAAUUUAAACAACAAAGUUGUUGUCGUCAUAAGUGUUUCUCAUGAAAAUGCUUGUUUAUUCGCAGAGUUCCUUGUGGAUUGUGAUGUUCAAAUGGUAUGCAUAUUGCACAAUUCAAUAAAUACGCUUCGUUCUAUUGUUCCAAGUAUUCUAGUUGGAACCUAAAUUGCAUUUGACUGUAAAUAAUGAAAAUUUAUUUUAUAAAUGUAUGAAAGUUAUCAAUUAUCUUAUAAUAAAAUAAAUAAUUAUGA